UUUCUUACUUCACACCCUCUCUCUCUAUUAUUUAUUUUUUCUGUAGCUGACAACUUCUCUACAGUAGUCUGCUUCAUUUCAGAUAAACAACAUUCCUCUUCUUCUCAUUCCUUAGAGCUUCCUGAAAUCCCUCAUUUUUGCAGAAAUUCUGCAUUUUUUUUGUCCUGACAAUCCUUUAAAUUUCAGAUUUUUCUCUGUCGUCUUUGACUUCUUUUAGCGGCCCUUUUUUUUUUCUCUCUGUUUCAGAUUUUCUGAAUUCUGAAUUCUGAUAAUAACACUAAUAUGUGCUCGGAAACAAGCCCGCGAUUAUCAUUUUCCAACGAUCUGAGCCAAGAAGAUGAAAUUCCGGUUGACCGAAGAGAUAAAUUUCUCCUGGAAUCGGAUUCUGAUUUCGAGUUCAGCAUUUGCAGCAGUGUUCACCAUCACUCUUCUUUAGCUGACGAUCUUUUUGCACACGGCAUGAUCAAAGUUCCUGAAACAAAAUUAAGUUCCGAUCGUCCGAUUAAUCAAAUCCAUAGAUUUAAUCAACUUCCUCCUCUUCCUUCUUCUUCCGAAUCUUCUCCGGCUACUAAUGGUACUAUUUCAAAGAAAGAAAUCAGGGUUUUGGAUUCGGAAUCGGAAGAAAUCAAAAUUCAACCGAGUAACAAUACGACGUCGUUUUGGGGAUUCAAGAGAAGUAGCAGUGUGAAUUGUGAUAUCAAGAAAAGUUUAUGUUCAUUGCCGCUUCUUUUGAGGAGUAAUUCAACUGGAUCAUCACUGCCAAAUAAUCCUAAGCAGAAACAAUCCAAGAAGUCGUCGGGAUUACCGUCCCCGCCGUCACCGGCGGCAGGAUCUUCUGCAAGCUAUGUGUAUACGAUACCAAACAAGCCUCCGUUGAAGAAAGUCUAUAAUAAUGGGUCUCAUAAUGGUAACGUUAAGUUUAGUCCUGUGAUUAAUGUGCCUUUUAAUUUUGGUUUGGGGUCUUUCUUGCGAAAUGGAAAAGAUAAGAGUACAAGAAAGUGAUUUAUGUUUUCUUGGUGGAACUAUUAUUACUUCUAAUUUUGGAAAAUAGUAGGCUAUAAGGCUUGAAUUCAAAAUUUAAUGCGGAUAUCGUUUUUAUAUAAUGAUUACCGAUGUUCAAUUUGUUAUAUCUUGAAAACUGAACAAUCAUUUUAGAAUAAAAAAAAGUUACUCGACCAAUUCAGAUCAAUUUUUAUUUAUAUGACUAUGAAUUGUAAUGUGCUGUUUGGCUAACGGAUUGACAUAUAUGUAAAAUUUGAUAAAAAAUUGAUAGAAUAACCUACCGUUAUUUGAAAACUAAAUAUAUCGUUGUUGAAAUGUAAUAAAUUGAAUAUCGAAAAUCGUUAUGUAAAAAUAUUAUAAUUAGACAACUGUAAAAAUAUUUAACUCUCUCUACGAUUAGACUAUGCGAGCAGAGUCAAUUUGUGGAUAUAAUUAUUUGAUGAUUAUGAUGGAAAAGAUAAUGUGAGUUCUUGUUAUUAUGAUAGUUUAUAGACAUGAAUCAUGUGAUUUGAGAAGGAAAGUACAAUUGAUUUUGGAUUUAACUAAGAUUAGAGAAAGUUAAUUACUCAUGUGGUUUUGUAUGAUUUAUAUGUGAGGAAUGGGAGAAAUGAAAGGAAUGGGUACUUGGAAUUAAUGGUGAUGGAAAAUCAAAAUGUCACAAUUAUAGGAGACAUUUCAAUAGGUAUCCUUCUUUCAUGGCUUAUCACACUUCUAUUUUAUCUUUUCAAUUUCUAUUCCAUAGGGGUGUAAUUGGGCCACUUUUCUUUAUCUUUAUCUUUAUUCAAUGGCAACAAUUAUUUUUUGGCUUUUUCUUGUAAUUGAUUGAUGUAAGCAUAGAAUAGAAAGAGUGAAAGAUAAAAUGUCUCUUUGCUUUACGUUUUGUUUUCUUAUUUUUGACAUUAUGACAAGAAAUGUUUCAUGAUAUUGUGUUAGGCUUUUGCUAAUUUGGUUUUUUGUAUUGGCACAUGUCGACAUAUAUGAUAUUUCCUGUUUUAUUUUA